AUGUCUCCCACCCCACAAAUCUUCACAGCACCCUCCGAACCCUUCUACAAAUGCAACCCUCCCAUGGUCCUCGGCGAAUCCCCCAUCUACCGCGCCUCAGAUUCCACCUUACACUGGGUCGACUGCCUCAUCACUCCUCCCGAACUACACAUCCUCCACCUCGAUCCCACCACCCACCAACCCCUCGGACCGAGCAAGAGAAUCUCCCUCUCCGACAGCGUCUCCGUCCUCUUCUUCCGGCAAUCCCAUCCCAAAUCCUACAUUUGCGCCUACUACCAAGGAAUCGCAUUUCUCGACGAAGACACUGGAAAACUGGAAGUUGUCAAGGAGAUUAUUCCGGCUGAGGAACGGGGGUUGAGGAGAUUUAAUGAUGGGGGAGUGGAUGCGAAAGGGAGGUUAUGGCUGGCGGAAAUUGAUGUGAGAGCUGCUGCUGCUGUUGAUGCUGUUGCGUCUGAUGAAGGGAAGGAACGCGUGUUGGAGGAUUUGGGCGAGCCGGUGGGGAGGUUGUGGAGGUAUGAUUUGGAUGGGACGUUGCAUUUGAUGGAUCGGGGAGUGAUUUGUGGGAAUGGAGUAGGGUGGAGUCCGGAUUGGAAGAGUAUGUACUUCAACGACUCCGUCGGAAAAAAAGUCUUCGCCUACAAUUUCCAUCUCGAAUCCGGUACCAUCUCCCACAAGCGUCUCUUGAUCGAUAAAAGAAACUCACCAGGAGGAGAACCCGAUGGCAUGGUGAUAGACACAAACGGAAAUCUCUGGAUAGCAAUGUACGCCACCUGGCGCAUCAUGGCAUUUACACCACAAGGCGAAGUUUUUGCCGAAAUUAUCCUUCCAUCCUACAACAUCACCUGUCCAACCUGGGGCGGGCCCAAUUUCGAAACUUUAUAUAUUACAUCGGCUUCGCAUCGAGGGACUUCCGAGCCUCCUCAAGAGGGAGAUUUAGGAGGACAUGUGUAUAGUUUUACGCCGGGGAUUGCGAGAGGAGGUGCGAAGGGGGAAUUUGCGGGAUAAGGGGAAUGUGAAAUGGGAAAAUGGAAGGGAAGCAAG